GAUGCCCUCGGUCCAUAUCUCAUCGCACAAGCCACCACAGUUGGCACCAACCGCCAGAGACGACAGCAAAUCGAUGUGGCAUAUGCCGUCCAUAUGCCGUCCAUUGAGGGGAAAUAUGUGGAACCUCCUAAUCUCCUGAGCUCUUCCAUUUAGAGGACCACAUCCUAACUUGUUGCUCCUUUCGAAUGCUUGAAACUAUCGCGAUCGGUCAUGUUGACAGAAGUGUUACCGCCUCCCUAUGUGAUCACUUUAGAUGACAAGCGGGGUCUGAUUGUUGUUAUUACGGCGACGACAUUGUCUUUCGUUUGGACAUGUUUUCUCAUCCGGAUAUACCUGCGAGUUCAGACAAGAGAAUGGCGAUCGGAUGACUACUUUCUCGCCGCCGCAUCAGUAUUAGGCACCGUACAAUCCGCACUGGUGCUUCACAUAGUCGACGAGGGAAUCGGGAGGUCUGAAAAGAGUUUGUCAGGCUCCGAUCUGAACCAGAUCGGCAGGGAUGAUUUCGCGUCGCAAAUCCUGUACAUUAUCACGCUGUUUCUGUCGAAAUGUGCUGUAAUAUUUCUUUAUCUGCGCCUUAGCCCUGGCAAAGGACAUACGAUUGCCUCGUGGGGGACACUUACAGCCUCUGGUGUAUGGACGAUCCUAGCGAUUGUAUUGGUUUCAGUGCCCUGCAAUCCGCUUACUUUCUGGACUCAAGGACCUACCAAGUGUACUAGAGUUUACACAAGAUGGCAGGCCAUCGGGGCAAUAGAUAUCAUCACUGAAGCCUGCAUCUUCCUCAUCUCGGUCUACCUGGUCGCAGGUCUGAACAUGGCCACGAAAUCCAAAGUCAUGGUCAUUGCAGCCUUCUCCGCCCGACUUCCCGUCAUAGCAGCAGCCGCCGCCCGCCUCUUCUACCUCUCUAACACCCUCACCUCCCCCAACCGAACCCUCUACGGCAGCUACUACAUAGUAGCCACGCAGUGGCAACUCGGUUACGCCAUCAUGUCAUCCACAAUAACCGGGCUUGGUCCUUUCCUCCGGCCCUUCUCCAAAUCCUUCAGUACCUCCUACCAUCGCUCCUCCUACUCCUACCACCAUAGCAAGCCGCAAUCUGCAAUCACAAUCUCUCGGAGCAACGGCGACACGACUAGCACGAGCUACCAAAUGGACACUCUUCAAGCGCGAGCUGUGUCCAUAAUCCAUGGGAGCGGACGACCGGUGGGCGAUGAAGAGAGUAGAGGGCCGGCUAGUUCUCAGACCGCGAUUCUACCAGCCGCGGCUCCGGGACUGAAUCUUCGACCCGAUGAGUUCAGACGCGACACAGCGGUUUCAGGAGGAGAGGUUGGGAUGGACGAAGAGGAUGCUAUGAGUCGGUUGAGUGAUGAAAGCCGGCGGAUGAUGAUUCGGAAGAAGACGGUUUUGACAGUGCAAAACGACCGCGCGAGUGAGGUUGGGAGUCCGCGGUGGAAAGCUGGCGUUGACGCUGUGUGAUGUCGCUCUAGGGGUUUGUAAGAUGUGGAGAGUUAUGAUGAUGAUCGUGCGAGGACGUGUUUCACAGCAAGCGUAAAGCGUAAGACUCCGGACGGUCUGUAUAGUCCGGGAGUUUCAUCGAUGAUUAGUUUAGGUUAUUGGAUGGCAUAGACGGUGGAUGUUCUGAAUACUGUAG